AAUAAAUUCAUAAUGAGCGCUUCGAUACGAUAAAUUAUUUAAUGGUUAUUAAUUAAAAGUGUUUAAUCGAAGCUAAUUUAUGAGAUUAACAUCGCAACUAAGUGGUUGUUGAAAUUGCUCUAACAACAGCUUAAUUUGUAUCUGCAUUCGAGAAAUAGCGAUAAAAUUAAUCUUUCGAGUCUUGUGUGUAAUUUUCUUCAAAGAGGAGAUUUUUUUACUCAUUUAAAUUAUUUUCUACCUUUCUUCGUUCUCCUAGUCGACUGUUAUUUGUCAUUAUGCUUGGCACAUGUUGCAGUAUGCAUGAUCGUUCCUACGAUUUUUUAUGUGUUCGUAUUUUGUAUUUAAACGUAAAAUAAUUUAGUAUAAUAUCUACGUACUUUUUUAAAAAAAAAGAGUACAUUGAAUAUAGCAUUUUUAAUAUAUUAAUUACUUGUUCUUGUUUGAUUUUACAGCCACGAAUCACUUGUUUCUUGUUUAUGUUCUUUCGCAUUUAUAUCCAUCUUGUUGGAUAUCUGUAUUGUAUUAUCCUGCGUUCAAUUUCCUAUUAUAUUAUUUUGGCUAAAUCGAAAAAAUGGUAUGACUUGGUAUUAUUCGAAAAUCCGUUCUUCUCUUUCUCUACAGUAGUUAGAACUUUUUUGAAUACGUAGCUAGUUUUCUUUCUGUAGUUAGAAAAAAAAGUUAUAAAAUUAUUUCACACUUGAAAUGCAAUUUUCCUCAAUUCUAAGAACCCAACUUACCUGAUACAGUUUUCAAUUUUAAGUAGGUUCUGAAUAUUCGUAUAAAAAUACUGAUUCAUCAGUUUCUUCCAUUUUUCUUAUUGAUCUUCCAAUAAAUUCUUUCAUCAGGUUUUCUAUGCAAGUGAUUCUUGUGUAUUUUAAUAUUUGUUUAAAUUAAAUAUUUCACCAGUAUAUAAAUUGUUCAUAAAGUGUGUUUAUUAAGUUUUAAAAUAUAAUAUUUGUUACGUACAAAAGUGUUCUGUGUGAUAUGUAUCACUUUUAGGGGAAAAAAUUUCACUCAGUAGGUACCUAGCUUUCUACGUUCUAUGAGAUCAGAAUUCGAAGACGUAAUUUCUCUAAUUCAAUUUGCAUUUCUUUUGUAUAUUUCAAAAAAUAACCCUAUUUUUUAUUCAAUCGUAGAAAUUUGAUUUUUUCCAACUCUCUUCUCAAUUAUUUUAAAAUGAAACACGUUCUAUAAAAUUUAAUUUCAAUUUACAGGACAAAAACGACGAAUCUUUCGACGAAGAAACUGUUCGCGGACGUGGUCGUCCCCUCGGUGCUCGAACCGUAGUCAAAUCCGUAAACCUUAAGAAAGUCGCCGAAAUCGAUCAAAAACGAGUGAACCAUUUGCAAUGCAAUAUUUGCAACAUUCAGUUCCGGCAACUGGUUAAUUUCGCCAACCAUUGUUGCAAAAAUCAUUUCAAUUCAACGUACCAUCAAUACGAUUGCGGUUUUUGUUACGAAAUUCAUACGUCGAAAGAAAGCCUUCUGAAACAUAUAAUUUUUCAGUCUGGUGAGCUGAAAGAUAUAUCCAGUGUCGCUAUCGUAUGUCCGUUAUGUGUUCUUCCUCAGGGUAGCUAUUCGUCAGAGGGUGAAUUUCGCAACCACUUGCAGCAACAUGCCGAUUACCAGCAAAGCGGUAAUUUCUGCGUGCUACCUUCGUGCACUUAUUUGGCUCACGAUAUCGAUGACUUAACGAAGCAUAUCAUCGGUACUCAUACGAAUCAAAUGGUCGCCGAUUCCAAUUGCCUGCUGUGUAAGAAUCCUAAAUCUUCAGCUCCGUAUUUCGGAGGCCCUACCGUUGAGCCAGAGCUAUUGAAUUCCUAUAUCGAAGAAGUAGACGGCGCCGAAGACACUUGCCCUUUAUGUAAUACAGUGCUUAAAGAUCUGAAUACAGUUCUGGUAUCGGAAAACGAGGUAAUUUCGUUCGAGAAACCUAAAUAUUAUCGUUGUACGAUCUGCAAUUCGGGUUUCAGCACCCAGACCAAGGUUACCAAGCACGCUUGUCGUCAGCUACACACAACCGUGUGUCCGGAAUGCAACAGGCAGUUUAAUUCGAAGAAGAGGCUCGUGUUCCAUUUACAAUCUCAUAUCGAUCCUUCGAUGACGUUGAGAUGCGACGUGUGCAUGUUGACUUUCAACGACGAAACGACCUGCUACGACCAUGUCCGGUUCAGUCACGAAUCUGAGACUUUAUGCUGCGACACGUGUGGCAAAACGUACAUUACUCGUAUUGGUUUAAGUAUGCAUCAAAUGUACCACGACGACGUACGUAAGUUUAAAUGCUCGGAUUGCGGUAAACGUUUCUUGAACCAGGCUACUCUGAAAGAGCAUCGUGUAUCGCACCUGAACGUUAAACCAUUCCAGUGCGAUAUCUGCGGAAAAUCGUUAUCUCGAGCGUCUCGUUUACGUAUCCAUCUGAAGGUGCAUUCGGCCAGGAAUAGUACGAAUUUUCAAAAAUGCCAUACGUGUAAAUCAUGCGGCUUCGUCUCAUUCUCCAGCGAACGUCUACUGGAGCAUAAUGUCAAAACUCACAACAACAGCGAGAACGAUUCCAAGACGUCGAUUUUGCAUAAAUUAUACCGUUGCGAAUUCUGCGACAAUUGUUACGAAAUGCCAUCGCUUUUGCAUUCGCAUAGAGAAACCCACGCUCCUGACACGACUGAAAAUCCGUUCGUUUGUGGCCUUUGUAACGGAUACUUCAAAACGUACUCUCGUCUGGUUACUCACAAGCUAUCUCAUGGAAUCAACACCGAAACACAUAUUUUGCAGAUCAGCGCCAGUCUCGAAAGCUCGGAUAGUUUCAUCAUCCCGCAAUACUUCUGUUGUAAAUAUUGCGAUAAAUUAUACGAACAAUAUACCGCUUAUAAUAUCCACAUGAAGCAUUCGAAACAUUUCGUACCGAAGGAUAAAUCUAGUCCGAAACGUAGCAAGGCUGAAGAAGUGGUUAAAGUGAAGAGCAAAUCCAGCCCUAAACCUCGUUCUACUACAGUUACCGAGAAGAAAUACAAACAACGAGAGAUCGAAUUAGCUGUUCAGAGUUUAAACAAAGAGAAUAUUCCUCCGGUGGUUGUCAAAGAAUCGAAACCUGUCGUACGUGUGCUUUCGAAUUUGGAGAAAUUAAUCUGCUGCAAAUGCGGUAAGAAUUUCGCAUCUGAGAAGUUACUUCGUAUCCAUGAAAACAGACACAACCCUCGUCGUAAGAGGAAGACUUACUCUUGCGAAGAUUGUCCUAGAUUUUUUGCUAGUAAAAGUGAAUUGAGGAAACACGAGAAUGUUCAUCAUAAGCCUCAGCUUAUGUGUGAAAAUUGUGGUAAGGAGUUUCGAUACAAAGGUUGGUAUUCUUUGCAUGUCGAUAAUAAAGUUUGUUUCCGUACCGACGAAGACGAGCUUCCCGAAGAAUUAAAAACCAAUUUACCAUUCACCGAUAUUAUUAAUCGUAUAUUGCUUUUUUAAAAUACGUUGAGAGGUUUUUCUUUUCUAAGUUAUAGCGAAGGAUCGAGUAUUUUAAUGCUUGAGAUUCUUGUUUUUGUUUAGGUAGGUAUAGAUAGAGUAUAAAAAUGAUGUUGAUUUUGAGCGAACGUGAAGUAAUUGACAAAAAUAUUAGGAGUAAUAUUUUGAGUUGAUUUUUGAUUUUUUUAAUUAUUUCGAAAACCGUAUGAUCUCAUUUCACGAAUGUCAUUUAAUUUUUCGUUAUGUGAUUUAUUUUUGUGAUUAUGAUUAUAAGAAAACCAAAAAUGAAGUUAGUUUAAAAUUAGCUAUAAUUCGUGCAAUGGUUCCUUUGAUUUAAAAAAUUCGUUAACUAUAUUUAGUAAUUUUGCAAGUCUGAUUCAAACGUUACUCAGUGUUUUGUGAUAAAUUUUUCAUGUUAAGUUAAAUUAAAUGCAAAAUGUGAUUUUUUUUGUU